AACUGGGUAAAGGAACUGAGGAGAAUGCUCAGUUCUGACAUUGUGUUAAUAAUAGCUGGUAAUAAAAUUGAUUUAGAGCAUGAGCAGGCAGUGCCUACUGAAGAAGCUGAAAGCUUUUCAAAAUCUGUUGGUGCUCAACACUACUACACAUCGGCAAAGGUAAACUAUGGAAUAGAAGAGUUAUUCCUUGUGCUCGCCCAGUUGAUGUUACAAAAGUAUGAACAAGGCUCGCAAACUAACCACGAGGCAUCCAGGGCCUCUCAGGUCUUGAUAGUUGAUGAUGAGGAACCAGCUCAUAGGUCAUGCUGCUUCAACUCAAGCCGCAUCUAAACUGGUGAAACAGAAAAUCUUGUAAAAUAUAUCAAUGUUAUAUUAAAUUUAUAAAAGUCAUUUUU